AUGCUAGAUUUGGAUCCUUGCAUUGAAGUGACAUGUGGGCACUAUGGUUAUUGUAAGGCAAUGGGGCCCCACGAUGCUCGCUGUGUCUGCGUAGACCGUUGUCCAUCCUAUCAAGAGCCAGUUUGCUCUUCAAACGGCACCACUUAUGAUAACAAAUGCCUGUUUGAACAAGAAAUGUGUUCCCUGCAGCUGAACUUUACAAUACAGCAUCCUGGUAGCUGUGAAGGUAAGAUCAACUUGAUUUACGUUUACUUUUCAUUAAUACUUUGUGGUUGGCGUAAUCAUAUGGCCAUUUAUAUGAGGAACAAUAGGUUACAACAGGCGGCGUCCUAUUUUUCCUCGUAUAAACUUCACUAAAAGUAUUGUAGCAAGAUUGUACUUUUCUUGCUUACAGAGACCCCGGCCUGCUAUCAAGGAAGAUAUAUUGCAGUGCCUCCAAAAGGGAUUUCACUUAAAUGGUUGCAGUUUUUGAUUAGCGACUUGAUAAUUAGGGCGGUUUAUAAUAAUAAAUUUUUUUAUUUGCAAAUUACGAGAGCCGCGCAAGAACACCACAGCUCUGUACUUUUUCAGGACCGCUGAAGAGGUAUCUUACUGGGAGGUUAACAAAGGCAGCGGUAGAUAUGAUAUGCCUGUCCCGGGAUGCCUGUCAGCCGGAGAGACCCCUCUCUUGAGUUUAACUUCUGCAAGCCAUCUGUUGACCUUCUUAUAAUAAGGACCCUACGCAACUAAGACGACGACGGCAGUGAAAACAUCACUAAAAAUAUGAAUUUGUGUCCUUUCAAACUUUAUCGAGUUUAUUUGGAACCGCGCAAUUCUGUCAAAUGUAGGCAACUUUUCCUGGAGUUGUCAAUACUUAAGGACGUUAUCCAUGUUCAAAUAGAGAAAGGAAAAUUUGUCGUCGUGUGUCCAGGUCCUCUAUAAAACGUCGCAUUGAGAGGUUUCACGUCGUACUCGUGCAGUGGACGUCAAAUAAAUGUACUAAAAAGCGUGAUGCACGGCAGAGCUGUUGUUUUGGUCAUAAAACCAAUUGUUUUUUGACGCUGUUGUUCUCGUCGUCGUCUUAGUUGCUUAAAAUAUAUCUGCAACGACCAAUCCUCACUUGUUAAGUCUUUUUAACCGCCUCGAUAUAAUAGGUGCCAUCUGUGUCUAUGCGCUAUCACUCUCAAAAUUUAAAAAGGAGUUUGAAUCAAUCUUCAGAGCCAAAUUUUAAAAAUGUAAUUUUUAGGCUGGGGCUUUAUGUCACUACUACAAACAAAAGCUUGUAUAUGUAGAGACGAUGUGGCUAAUGCGAGAAGGAUAGUUUGUUGUUCCUAUUUUACCUGGCCGUUAUUAAGGACGUCACCCUAUUUUGUGUUCAGUCCUUUUCUUUAGUAUUUAAAUGCCCAUUCCUUGUCUUUAUAGGAUUUCCGUUACAGCGUGGCCGUCGCAGCAUGCAGCACACUCCGUCCCUGGGGUAUUCAUUUUGUCAAGUUAUACGUUUGGAACCCUUUAUCUUCUAUCCUGACAAACCCAUUGAAGCUCAGAUAACUGUCAAUCAUCUGGAUACCAGCGACAAGUCUUAUGUCCAUGAUGCCUCUGUAUCGUGGGUUGAGCAUGUGAAUUACGAUCAAUUUACCGCGUGUGUGAUGACAGCAGGUUUUAACGAGCGAAUGUCUUAUUCUAACGUGACGGUAGACUGGCUGGCUUACCAAGGCGCUCCCGUGGGUGGAGUAGUAGGAGUGCAACGAAUUUCACAGUGGUGGACUGGGACGACCUGCGAGACCGUCAAUUUUCCUACGGUUAGUUUUUUUUUUUUUUUUUUNGCGAGAAGGAUAGUUUGUUGUUCCUAUUUUACCUGGCCGUUAUUAAGGACGUCACCCUAUUUUGUGUUCAGUCCUUUUCUUUAGUAUUUAAAUGCCCAUUCCUUGUCUUUAUAGGAUUUCCGUUACAGCGUGGCCGUCGCAGCAUGCAGCACACUCCGUCCCUGGGGUAUUCAUUUUGUCAAGUUAUACGUUUGGAACCCUUUAUCUUCUAUCCUGACAAACCCAUUGAAGCUCAGAUAACUGUCAAUCAUCUGGAUACCAGCGACAAGUCUUAUGUCCAUGAUGCCUCUGUAUCGUGGGUUGAGCAUGUGAAUUACGAUCAAUUUACCGCGUGUGUGAUGACAGCAGGUUUUAACGAGCGAAUGUCUUAUUCUAACGUGACGGUAGACUGGCUGGCUUACCAAGGCGCUCCCGUGGGUGGAGUAGUAGGAGUGCAACGAAUUUCACAGUGGUGGACUGGGACGACCUGCGAGACCGUCAAUUUUCCUACGGUUAGUUUUUUUUUUUUUUUUUUCAUUAGAGCGAUUUUGGUUUGACCUUGAAAUGAAAACCAGCGAAAAACAGGAACAACAAACGAAAGGAAAUAGAGUGAUUUGAUUGGUUCAUCGAACGGCUACAAACGCGCGUGGCUUUUGGUUUGUUAAGUGAACGCUCGGGUGAAAAAACUUCAAUCCUCACUGAUCGAUCGCACGCUCGAGGACUUUCUAAAAUCAAUGGAUACUCCGCUUUGACGUCAUACGGCAACACUUGAUUGGCCAAUCGAACAAUGCCUUCUCCAUAUUAGGGUUUUGUUUGGAGGAAAAACGUCCAGAGUCCAUGUUUUGAUCUUUUCAUCCAGUGGCUGAUAAAACAAAUAACGAACACUUACCGAAACCAUUUUUCAAGGUCAUACGAAAGUCACUCUAUCCUGUUUUCGAUUUCAAGAUCCGUCUAUUUGUACGUAUGGCAUAAGGCUAAACGGAAUGGCAGCGCGCAGAUUGGUUGAACGAAAAAGGAGCAAGUUCGGUCUUCUUCUUUUACAGGGCAAGUUCUCCAAGAAGCCCUUUGUUUUUGUGACGGUGGCACAUCACCAUGCUGGGCUGAAGAGGGACGCCGCUAGUGUCUGGUUGGAGGAUAUUACAACAGCUUCCUGUAAAAUAUGUUUGAGGGAACUUGAAAAUUACGCAGGCUCCCAUGAGGAUAUUUAUGUAGUAAGUGAAACAGUACGUGUUUGUAACCGAGUUUUGAAAACCAACCUAACGAAAUUUGCAAUCAUUUGAGUGAUAAGGCGUCAAAAGGCGGCUUUCUUAAGCCCGAUAAGCUCCAAAAUUACGGAAACGAAGGAAAAGGAAGGAGAAAAAGAGAGAGCGAGGUGAAGGAAAGGAGGAGAAGAGAAAAGAGCAAUGGUUGCGCACUUAGUUUUGAUAAUGGCUACUUUAAUUGGAGAUAGUUUUUGACAGAAAAAACUGUGUCAUUUAAAUUGAAUUUUCUUUUUGACAGAUGGGAAAAAAAACUGAAAAAAGGAUUGGGAUUUACUGAAGCUCGUACGCUAAAUAUUGGUUUGGCUUAUGAUUAAACAGCCUAUAUCACGAAGAUAUCGUGCACGAAGUCAUAACUCAGCGUCUUAACCCAUACAGAAAAUGCUUUUUCGAGCCAUGAAGAAGAUAAAACAAAUUUCAUCAGGAAGCACUAACCAUAAUAACUUUUUGGAUGAUUUUCGCAAGUGUAUAUAUGGCAUAAUUAAAAACUUGAGAAAGUUGGCCCAUUUUUCAAGUACAUAAAAUCUAUCUCAUGUCCAUCCUUGCCGUCCCGCGUAGCAACAGAUGACAGGAAACAGUUUCAAUGCCUAAACGUAGUCCUAAGUGACAAAAUUUAAUUUGACCAUAAUUUUUAAAUGCAAUUGAUGCGAAGACACGUCUUAGGUUUUUAUUAAGCGGAUAGACGUAGCCCCUUUAAAGAUAUACCUUAUUAUAGGAAAUUAACGCUCCAUGAAAUUAACGCGAAUCGUUAAAAUUCGCGUUAAUUUAAGUCGCGUUAAUUUUGUUGAGCGUUAAUUUCUCUCGACGUUAAUCAAGUGCAACGUUAAUUUCCGCGCUCUUAAUUUCCAGUAUUUUAACCCCAAUUUUGGAACCUGUCCAGACAUUCUUGACACCUAAAAAACAUUAACUACAAGCUUUCUUUCUUUCCAUUUACCCUUUAUUUUUCAUCUUUCACAAAAGCUAAGGCGAAGGUUUACAAUAUUUCGAGUUCAUCUUCAUCGUUGUCGCUGUCAGAAGUGAUGUCAGCUCAGUUUUGUUUAGUUUUGAUUUUUUUUGCAUCCAGUGUUGAAAUAAAUUUGUUCUACAUGGUUGUCACCACCAACUGUGUCUUAAUCGCGUUAAUUUCCUUUAUUACGAAAUUCUACCUCCUCUUUCGCGUUAAUUUUCUUUAUUCGAAAGUCGUUUUCCAUUAAAUUCGCGUUAGUUUCCAAUACCUUAAUUUCAUGGAGCGUUAAUUUCCUAUAAUAAGGUAUACUAAACAAGAACGCUCUUACAGAGGCGUAAGUCUCGCUUGCUUGGAGAAUAAAUCGAGAAAUGAGUAGGCGAUUAAGGAUUUACUCGGUAAAGGUUUUUCUCUUCCUACUUUAUCGACGGUCGAAUAUUCUUCAGGAUACUUACUUUUUACUUGUUUCUGAAUUUAUUUUUUACGCGUGUUAGCUACGACCGAAAUAAGUCGGCGGUCGCAGGCUAUACACGAAAACUCAAGGGCCUUGAUUCCAGGGAAUUACAUCAUUGUCACAGGUCAAAACAGUGAUUUGCAUGGCACCUCAUUUCAAUCAUCGCCAAAAAUAUACCGCAUGCCCAUCACAAAAUUCAUUUGCAUACAAUGAAAGUUUACAACACUUGACCAUGGCACUUUUGCUAAUUAAGAUUCUUCUUUUCUUUUUUUCGACCACUGUAGUGUUCACUUGUUCCAAAGUAAUCAACGUCUUCAAGCGAUAUAAUUCGUGGACUAACCUGUUCUGGAAAAGCUCUAAAUUUAAUCUUUCCUAAGCUUUCUUCGCAAAACAUGCGUGUCUUCGGUCACGUAACGAUUCUUAUUCCCAGUUUCCACAGUCUCCGCUAGGAACGCCUGGGACCAUGACUUCCUUUUUGUGUCCUGAAUACGAAGAAAAACGGCUUGCAGAUUAUGAGUCUCGCUGCUUACGCAAGCUAGACUAACUAGCCAGCUUACGUAAACCGCGGUAAAAACUGCGCAAAUGACAGAACACAUACAGUUGUAAGUAACUUUGAUGCUCAUGCAUAAAAUGAAUACAACUUUCCUUUCCUUUUUUUCCUAUAGAAUUGGUUGGCGUUUUCGACUUCCCAAAGGCCUCUUUUCUCAGAACAGAAUUCGGUUUACUUUGCAAACUCCAACAGUCCACCAGCAGGUUUUAAUAAUGCGUUCUGUAAGGUCAGCGUCUUGUCUCUUCUUUAAUUCAAUCAAAUUGAAGUAUGAUAUCAUUUCUGUUUUUUUAAAUUAAAGCAUAAAAUGGUUCUUUUUUAGGAUAUCUACUUCAGUAAGACUUAUCAAAGUGCUCCGAACGUAUUUGUAUCAGCGAAUCAUUCUUCAGCUGGUGGAAAUCUGGAUCCAAUGCACAAUUCUAUAACUGCUUGGGUUGAGGUAAGACAAGCAGACUUUUCUAUGCCUUUGAACCUUAUGGAGUGCCAAAUAAUUCAAACAAUUGUUAUUAUGAACUUUAAAGAAUUGGCAACCCACCAUGAUGUGAGUCACUUUUUCACACAAUUGUAACUGACCACAACCACCGCCUUUAUAAGCUAUUACCUGCACUGCACGAAUCUAUACCUAAUCAUUAAGGCGCGCGCGACCUUUUAACAUGCCACGUUUUAAAGCUGACCGUUUUAACAAAAGCUUUAUUAUCUUUUCAUGCCUUAAAGCAACAAAAUUAUAGGUAAGAGUUUUCGAAUCUCGCAGCCUGUAUUUCGAUAAUUUUUUUUAGCAUUUCAUCUCUUUUUAGCUUUUUUAUUCCUUUCAGUUAAGAUAGGUUAGUUAAUGUUUAGAUCCACGAUUUAAGUUUUGUAACGUAAAUACGCAAUUCAGUUUUCGAACUGCUAUGCGUUUAUGAAUGAAUAAACUUCAAACUUCAAACUUAUUGCUCCCUCGGGAUCUUUUGAGGGGUUUGCAAAAUGAUCACUGUACCAGAACCCAACAAGCACAAAUAAUAAAAUGCACCAUUAAAAACUCAUGGUAUGCUCCGCUGAGUUCUCUUUACUACCAAAUCGUCAAUUUUCUUGAUGUUAAAUAAUUGAUCAUGUGACUUACCAUGUGACCAAAAUUUCAUAUUUAAAUUUUGAAAGAUGUAGACCUCAAGCGAGAGAUCAUAAUAGGCUAUCAUGAUCUGUUGGCUCAAGAUAUUUUUUGGGGGAAAUUUUUGCCUUCUUCCAAGUAACACAUUUCGCUAGCGAGAGAUAAGGCUGAUCAACUUUAUUAAUUAUCUUAAAUACAGUUUUGACCCAGGUUUGUUAAAACAAACGAAGAAGGAGGCUGAUGGCCUGAUAUCAUGAGACAGUUCAACCCCCAAACAAUAUUUGUCUAGUUUAGGCAGCUGGAAAAAUAUAUUUUGGACAUUCAUCAAAAAAAAGAUAAUCAUCCCGGCCUACUAGCGCGCCCUCCACAGUAAGGUUUUGUACUUCUCUACAACUUGAGACGAGCUGGGCAUUACUUAGCAGACUAAGCAGAGUUUUUUUUUGCCAUCUCAAGGUCCUCUAAUUUUAAACAUUUUAAACAGCUUUUCGUGACCCUUUCUUGACUUGGCUUGCUAAAUAUGUGAGAGCUUUCUCGUCGAGUCUCCUUUUUUGUAUCUAGCCUUCUUUAAAACUAUUUAGCUACUUUUAGCUACUUUUGGUCUUCGCCUUCAUUUCUUGCCUUCAAAACUUUUAUUCCUCCAUGAUCAUUUUACCACCCAACAUUCAGAUUUUUCCAGUUUUUUAGCAGUUUCUACGACAGGCAAGCCAGUUAAUCGAAAUAUACAUGCUCAUCCCCUAAAAAAGCUAAACGUUCUUGCGUUAAGGGAAUUUAUCUUUCGUGAUAUUCACAAAAAACAAGGAAGGAGUUCGAGCAAUUUGGGCUAUAAAAUACAAAAAUUAUGUGGUUGGAAAAUAUACUCGCGCACGCGCACCUUUGGCGCGGAAGUACACAAAUCGAAUAUUCGAUGGAGUCAAAAAAUGGCACAACAAGUAUGAAAAUGUUGAAUUAGAUUGAAAGACAAAUUUUGUUUCAAUGAUUUGCUUACCAAGUCCAAUCGUUCUGAAAUACAGACUUAUAAAGUAGAGGAGCGAACGUUUGGGACACCUGUAUACGCGCCUGUGAGGAACCAGAUGUCGUUCGUACUUGCUACCUUAAAAAAGUAAUUUCAAAGGUAAUAAAAACAAAUAGUAAAUGAAGACAUACCUACCGAAAUUGUAGUUGACAAAUGUAUAAUUAUGAAAUAAAUCAUAUAUGAGAACUGCUGAAAUGAAAUCAAGUGAAGAAAGAUCCUCGCAGUUUUGAACGCGAUUUAAGCACUUGCGUAAGAUAAGAAGCCUGAAAAAAAAAACAAAAAAAAAAACACACACACACAAAGAACUGAAAAAAAAAGGAUUUCAACGGGAUUUGAGCCCGUGACCUCGCGAUACCGGUGCGAUGCUGUAACCUGACUAAGCUAUGAAGCCACUGUUAUGUGUAGAAUAUGUUCCCACGAAAGCAAUUUACAAUUGCAGGGUUCUUAUGCAAUUGCAUAAAUUGCGUUCAAAACUGCGAGGAUCUUUCUUCACUUGAUUUCAUUUCCGCAAUUCUCAUAUAUGGUUUAUUUCGUAUACAUUUGUCACAUUUCAUCUCUUUCAGGGGAACAUAUUCAACAUAUAAUCUCUCAACAUCAGUGGCUUCAUACAGUAGCUUAGGGCCUGUUCACAUGGAGGUGGGGGAACCCAGAUAGGUGAGGUAAAAUGCAGCGGGUCACCCCAACUAUCAUGUAACCGUUAUAAAAUUAAGUAAUGAUCCGGGUAAGGUGGAUAGCAAUUUCUUUUGUUAUGCGGCAACGCUGCUUUCCCCACAUAGGAAUGUUCUCAUUUUUACACAGAGAAUGCAUAAACCUACAUGAAGGCCGUUUACGCAAUAUAAUGCAUUUACACUCCACUUUGAAAGGGUGUUUUUUUGUGUUAAAAGAUUUUGACCAAUCACAAGAGUUGAAAACAAUAGCCAAGAAAAGUUUACAAUUUAACAAUUUUACAUGUUCCCCACAUAGGAUUUCUUUGUUAUUCAAACUGAGACCAGAUUUUGUUAUAUGGAAGAUGGUUGGAAAGUAAGGAUGAAUAUAUGUACCGCUUUAUGAAGUUUUGUUAACUUUUGCCGUUUAAGCCAAUCAGAAGUAAGUACAGACAAUAGAAAAGUUAGCACCUUUUUUGCAUUCCAACAUGUUCGUUGCCGUUGUGCUAUCGUUCUUACCUUGACCGUUUCUUAAAGACUAUAUGGACAGGCGGGUUACCCCACCAAAGCGGGUUACCUCAACUUCCUAGGGUCCCCCAUCUCCAUGUAAACAGGCCCUUAGUUGGUUAGAGCGUCGCACUGGUAUUGCAAGGUCACGGGUUCAAAUCCUGUUGAAGUCCUGAAUUUUUUUCAAGCUCCUUACGCAAUUGCAUAAAUUGCGUUCACAACCGCCAGCAUCUUUCUUCACUUAAAAUUAACAAUUAUUUGAAUGAGAACAGGCCAAAAAGGCAAGUCUCUUGUAUUCGGUAAGCUUGACAAUCACACCACUGAAUGAAAAGAAGAGAAGAAUAACAGAGACAGUGAGGAGAAAGAAAGGAGGACAAGAGUAAAAUUGAUGGUUGCCCUCUUAAUAUUUUUACAUAAGCUACUUUGGAAAUUUGAAAAAAAAAAAUAAUAAAAAAUAAAAAAAUAAAAAAACAAAAAAAUAACUUGUUGAAGGAAAGUAGGUCUAUUUUUGCAGUAACAUUUUCAAAAAUUCAGCAAGACGUACAUUUGAACGGAGUGAGAAAGAAGUUUUUUUCUCAGCGAGAUCUUUGUAUCUACACUUCUAAAGUAAUAACCACGGGUCUGUUCUUCAUUUCACAGUAUAUCAACACGACAGGGGCAAGAGUUUGUUUCAAGGAAUUACAUGAGUCUAAAUAUGAUCCUCUCUCUAUACAAUACAUGGUCUUAUCAGGUGAGGUGGAUCGAUUACGCCUCUCUUCUCGUGUGCUCUUAAAAAUUCUAACGUUCUAAACAGUUCUAAAAAAAUUGCACUUGUUGGAACAAGAGCCGUAGACCGUGUUCUUUGAUAUCCCAACGUAACGCUUGUUACGUCUCAACGUAACGCGAGAUACGUCCAACAAAACGCUUGUCACGUUAAGCUAUCGAUUUUUUUGAACAUUUGACAACAGCUUUUAUAUUGCACCUUCGCUUGUAUCCCUGGUUUCCUUGGUUCUUCUUCGCCGCGUUUUCUCAACCUUUGCAAGUUUUGCUUGAAAUAUCAUCCGAUGUAAUUCAUCUACAGAUAUAUGCAGGCCAGGGUGGAGCUACUUUGGCGGUUACUGCUACAUCACAAGUGAGGCAUGCGCCACAUGGCUGACCGCUGUGUCAAACUGUUCCACCAUGAGCUCGAGUUUGGUGACAGUCCAUAAUCAAAAAGAAAAUGUUUACAUCCAGCACCGCCAUAGCGGCGCAAAAUCGUGGAUUGGACUCAAUGAUCGGAGCGUGGAAGGAUCAUUCGUCUGGACCAACAAAGAAUUAAGCAGUUUUAGGUUCUGGGCAAGAAGCCAACCAAAUAAUUGGAAAAAUGAAGACUGUGUACAUACUGUUGGUGCCAGGCACGGAUAUACCUGGAACGAUGUACCGUGCGAUAACUGCUACAACUUCACUUGCUUUACGGGUAAUAUUCACGUUAACACUUUAUAG